GCCUACAGCUUACAUCAUUAACUGUUGAUCUUAUUUAGCCCCGUGACGGGGCUUAAGUCCAGAACAUCCUGAAGACUGGCUGGGUCUCUGAGGAGCUGCAGAACUGCUGUCUAAUUCACCGCAGCCAUGAGUGAGAAUGCGGAUGAGGUCAAAGAUAAGCUGGCUCAGCUGAGAUGUCACUUUACCUGGGAGUUACUCAUUGAAGACACCGAACUGCCUGACUUGGAAAACAGGAUCAAUGAGAUUGAUUUCCUAGACACCAAAUACAACGUGGGGAUCCACAACCUGCUGGCCUACGUGAAACACCUGAAGGGCCAGAACCAGGAAGCCCUGGGGAGCCUGAAGGAAGCUGAAGACCUCAUCCAGCAGGAACAUGCUGCCCAAUCGGAUGCGAGAAGUCUGGUCACGUGGGGCAACUACGCCUGGCUGUAUUACCACAUGGGCAGACCGGCAGAAGCCCAGGCUUACCUGGACAAGGUGGAGAGCACCUGCCGGAAGUUCGAGGCUCCCUCCCGCUACAGGAUGGAGUGUCCCCAGAUGGACUGUGAGGAGGGAUGGGCCUUGCUGAAAUGUGGAGGGAAGAACUAUGAACGCGCCAAGGCCUGCUUUGAGAAGGCUCUGGCAGUGGAGCCGGAAAACCCUGAAUUUAGCACUGGGUAUGCCAUCACCAUCUACCGCCUGGAUGUCUUCAGCACAGCAGGAGAGGCUAGCGAGGCGUUCUGUCUGCAGCCCCUGAAAGAGGCCAUCAGGCUAAACCCAAAAGAUGCGUAUAUUAAGGCUCUCCUUGCCCUGAAGCUUCAGGACUUAGGCCAAGAAGCUGAAGGAGAAAAGUACAUUGAAGAAGCACUGACCAACAUGUCCUCGCAGACCUACGUCUUCCGAUACGCGGCCAAGUUCUACCGAAGAAAAGGCUCUCUGGAUAAAGCUCUUCAGCUCUUAAAAACGGCCCUGCGGGCCACCCCCUCCUCCGCCUUCCUGCACCACCAGAUAGGGCUUUGCUACAGGGCACAAAUGAUUGAAAUAAAGAGAGCUGCCAACUGGCAGCCUAGAGGAAAGGAUAGAGAAAAUGUUGAUAGAAUGAUAAGAUUAGCCGUAUCUCAUUUUCAAUUUGCUCUGGAACAAAAGCCCACAUUUGAAAUUGCUUAUAUACACCUGGCAAGUAUGUACAUAGAAGCUGGCGACUACAGAAGAGCUGAAGACACGUAUCAAAAAGCGUUCUGCUUGAAAUCACUGGAAGAAGAAGAACUCCAAAAGAUACAUUUCCACUAUGGUCAAUUUCAGGAAUUUCAAAAGAAAUCUGAGGUUAAUGCAAUUAUCCAUUAUUUGAAAGCAGUAAAAAUAGAGAAAGCGUCAUUUUUUAAGGAUAAAAGUAUGAAUUCUUUGGAGAAAUUGGCUUUAAGGAAACUUCGUAGAAAUGCAUCUGAUGUAGAAAGCCUGAGCAUUCUUGGGUUCGUCUACAAGGUCAAAGGAGAGAUGAAUAAGGCCCUGGAGUACUAUGAGCGGGCCCUGCGGCUGGCUGCUGACUUUGGGAACGCUGAGACAGGAUCCCUAGCCGUGGAAAUAUGAACGGCGUUCACAUUUUGUUUGAUUUUUAGGUAAACAUGUUAACUCUAAUCAUUUUUUCUGCUUGCUGCUUUCAAAAACAUAUUAAGUAAUCCACUAUAGUGAUGUAAGUUUUUAACAUUUAUACUGAAACCCGAUACAAUAUUGUUUGUACUCAACAGUGGAUAGUGAAACAGAUAUGUAUACAUUUCUGUAUGUGAGAGUGAGAGGAACCAUUUCUCUGUGAAUGUUAUCUAGUAGAAAAACAGUUUUUUGAGUAGAUUGGUAGCAAAUAAAGCACUGGACUUACAUAAAAUAAAA